UCCAAAAUGAUCUAGAGUGUGUGUCUCUGGGAUAGGGAUGGGAUAGAUUGCUCCCCCGCAACCCUGUGUAGGAUAAACAGUAUGGAAAAUAGAUGAUGAUGAUGAUGAUGAUGAUGAUAUUUUACAAUAGCUCCAUGUGUACCCUGUCAAAUGCCUGCUGAAAUCUGAUUGACAGUUGGUGGCCAUGUUUUUAAGGAUCUAGAUCAUCAUCAAACAUCCACUUGUAGAUCAUCAGGAUGCAAUAUAUAAAGUUUUACACCAAAGUCUGACACCAAAAUUUCAUUGUACAGGUUAUUUUCCUGCUUGUUUUUGUGUGCACUAACAUAAGUAGUGUCCCCAGUGGCAAUUUAAGUUAGAUUUUGUUUACAGGGCUCCUGGUUCAAGAGAUAUGGACCAAAACAUAAAACCCUGAACUAUAGUGCCACCAUUAGGCCGAUCAGGCCCAUCUCGCUUGCCUGAAAAGAGGGAGGGAGUACUACCUAUUGACCAAGUUUCAGGUCUCUAUUGUUUGGUCUGAAUGAUUAAUUUUAAAGCAGAAGACAGACAGACAGACAGAAAGAAAGAUUCUAACAUUUACAAUAAGGUUCCAAGCAGCUUUGGUGCUUGGACCCCUAACAGGAUGAUAUGAAAGAAGGAAGAAAGGUGCAAUUUUUUUGCGGAGUAUAGUAUAUUUAUUUUAUAGUGUAAAAUAAAUGAAAUAAUGAAUUAAUUCACAGUUGAGGUUGCAGAAUACCCAUAAUGCAAAUACAUGUUAGCUGUAACAAGAUGUUUUCCUCCAGUGUUCUCCCCAGUCUAGGCCUAUCUGUUGUUUUUGUUACAGAUUACAAAAAUGACCAAAUUAUAUGUGGCAUGAAGGAAAGUGAGCAGCAAAAUAAAGUUUCUGCAGCUCAUUCUGAACAGCUUAUCUAACGCACAAAAUCAGUUGAGUUUAGCAACAGUUUCUUCACUUGAAGCAUGGUUUAUCAUCCUGAGUUUAAGAAGGCAGGACAGAAACCUGGUCUGCAGGUAUGGAGGAUUGAGAAAAUGGAUUUGGCAUCAGUGCCUGAGAAUCUUUAUGGGAGUUUCUAUACAGGAGACACGUACAUUGUCCUCAAUACCAUCAAGCAACGUUUAGGAAGUCUGCAGUACGAUCUUCAUUUUUGGCAAGGUAAUGCCUGCACUAUAGACGAGAGUGCUGCUGCAGCCAUUUUUGCUGUCCAAAUGGAUGACUAUCUUGGGGGAACACCUGUUCAGUAUCGAGAGGUCCAGGGCCAUGAAUCUGAAACAUUUGUAGGUUACUUCAAAUCAGGUCUUAAGUACAUGCAAGGUGGUGUGGCAUCAGGGUUUAGACACGUGGCCUCUAAUGGGGCAGGAAUACAUAGAGUCCUCCAUGUUACAGGCAGACGAACAGUGAGGGCUACUGAGGUUCCUGUGAGCUGGGGUAGCUUCAACCAGGGAGACUGUUUCAUUCUGGACCUUGGAGAUGAAAUCUACCAAUGGUGUGGAACAAAGAGCAAUCACUUUGAAAGGUUAAAAACCACGAACGUUUCUAAGGGCAUCCGUGAUAACGAGCGAGCUGGAAGAGCAAAAUUGUAUAUGUGUGAAGAGGGGUUGGAGCCUGACAAGAUGCUGGAGAUUCUUGGACCAAAGCCUGAGCUUCCUGAUUCAGACUGUGAUGACUCUGAGACUGAUUCAUCAAAUAGAAAGAUGGCCACGUUAUACAAGGUGUCAGAUGCCAGUGGAAAUAUGUCUAUCACGUUGGUCGCAGCAGAGAAUCCAUUCUCUCAGAGUGCACUGGAGUCGACUGACUGUUUUAUCUUGGACCAUGGUUGCAACGGCAAGAUCUUUGUCUGGAAAGGUAAAGAAGCUGGCCCAGAGGAGAGGAGUGCAGGGUUGAAGGCUGCAGAAGAGUUCAUUCAGAGAAUGGGGUACCCAAAACACACCCAGGUCCAGAUCCUGCCUGAAAAUGGGGAGACUCCACUUUUUAAACAGUUCUUCAAAUCCUGGCAUGAUGUGGCCCAGACUGAAGGAUUGGGAAAGGGAUAUGUAUCCAACAAGAUUGCCAAGAUUGAGAAAGUACCCUUUGAUGCAUCUAUGCUCCAUCUCUCGAGUGCUAUGGCUGCUCAGCAUGGGAUGAUUGACAAAGGGGAGGGAGAGAAAAAGAUUUGGCGCGUUGAAGGAUCAGACAAGGUGGAUGUUGAUCCCUCAACCUAUGGGCAGUUCUAUGGAGGAGACAGUUACAUCAUACUGUAUAACUACCAGCACGGGAACCGUCGAGGACAGAUUAUCUACAUUUGGCAGGGAGAGGAUUCCAGCCAAAUUGAGAAAGGAGCUUCCUCCGUCUUGGCCACUCAACUGGAUGAGGAACUGGGAGGAGGAGCGGUGCAGGUCCGAGUGAUUCAAGGCAAAGAGCCUGUCCACCUCAUGAGUCUUUUUGGAGCUGAACCAAUGGUUGUUUACAAAGGUGGGACUUCCAGAGAAGGUGGUCAGUCAAAAGCAUCAGCAAUCCGCCUUUUUCAAGUUCGGUCCAAUGCUGCUGGGAACACGAGGGCAGUUGAGGUUGAUCCAGUGGCCUCUAACCUCAACUCCAAUGACGUAUUCCUUUUGCUGAACCCAUCAGACUCUGUGCUAUGGGUGGGUCAUGGUGCCAGUGCUGUUGAGAAGCAUGGAGCUAAAAAGCUCAGCGAGACUUUAGGAGUGCAGAUUUCUGAAGUGACCGAAGGUGAAGAAGGAGAUAACUUCUGGGAAGCUCUUGGAGGGAAAACAGAAUAUCGCACAUCAGAAAGACUGAAGAGUAAAAUAGACUCUCAUCCUCCCCGUCUGUUUGCUUGCUCUAACAAAACGGGACAGUUCCACAUCGAGGAAGUACCAGGGGAGAUGACUCAAGAGGAUCUGGCUCCUGAUGACAUUAUGAUCCUAGACACUUGGGAAGAGGUCUUUGUUUGGCUUGGAAAAGAAGCCAAUGAAGAAGAAAAAAUAGAGGCUGUGGCAUCAGCUGUCAGAUACAUCGAAACCCAUCCUGCCAUCAGAGACAAGAGGACUCCUGUUGUGAAGAUAGCGCAGGGUUUUGAGCCUCCCACAUUCACAGGGUGGUUCCUGGGCUGGGAUUAUGACUACUGCAGCUCAAAGGCACUGGAACAGGCUAUGGGUGCUCUGAAGCACUGA